AUGAAUCAUACUGAUGAUAAGAAAAACUCUGAUAAAUUUCCCGAGAUGGCUAACAACCAGAUCGGUGUUAUUGUUGUAUGUCCACGUGAUGGAGAUAUGACUGUAUAUUCUGCGCAAUCUGGCAUAGCACGUUUGCCGGUGUCAUUACGGAGGUCAUGGAUGAGUCUUGGCACCUUUGUUAACUACGAUGUUAUUAGACAAGAUACGGAUUCGCGCGCCGUUUGGGUGGUUCGAAGGGUUGAAAAUCUUGGUUUGCUGUAUGAGGUAAUAGACGACCGUAUGGAUUCAUCAAAGUUGUUGUUGAGUUUAUAUGCUGUUGUUAAUCGAGUUUCGUUGGAUGCGCGUAACGCAUGGUUAUGGAAUGAUAUUAUUGGUAUGUAUACUCAGACAGUCAACCGGAACUUCCGCAGAAGUUUGUGAAG